AUGCAUUCGAACAUUCCUGAAAUCUAUCAUGGCAGAGCUGCCGUAGCCAACUUGAGCCGAACGAGCCAACACAGCUUACCCGACACAAACUCGGUCAAUUCGUGGGCGAACGCGAACCUGUCUUCGAACUUGGCAAGUGUGUCACGGGCUUCCACUCACUCUCGUCCGCCAUCUGCGACUCCCGAGUGUGACGAAGAAGAUGAAGACGAGGACGAGGAGGAAAGGACGACAAACUACAUUCCUGGCUUGUCUGCAAAGCCGCCGUUUGACAAACCUGUAGAUGUCAUGGGCGGAGACCGUGAGUCGUGGGGUGGAAUCAACGUGUCCACCUUUUCAUCGGUCUGUGACGACAACGAGGAUGCGAGAGAGGACAGGGAGGAGCUUCUGGAAGGAUGCAUGACGAAUCAAAGAAAUCCUGAAGGAUGA